AUGGCAGCAGCAGCGAAGAGCAGAGUAACGAGGGUGGUUCAGGCCAGCGAGCCGUGGGGAAUUACAUUACACCGCGAGUCUGCGCACCGCGACGACAACGACAGCAAUGUGCUGCGAGAGGAUGCAGAGGGCGGAUGCACGAUGGGCGGCGCGGCGCAGGUACAGGCGCAGGAACCGGGGACAGCCUUGGCGCUCCUCCCUCCUCCUCUUCUAUUGGCGGCAGGAAAAGGAGACGCAGAAGAACUUUCCACCGAACGUCAAAUCGUCUUCCGUCUGCGCUCCCUGGCCCGAUUGACUCGACCGCAUGGCUUGUAUUCUAACACUAACAUGGCAUGGCCUCACGAGACAGCCAUGUUCAUGGUUAUCGAUGCAAAACACAACCUCUACGACCACCUUUUGCCCUUCGCCUCGUCCUCCGAAACACGCGCACGAUCGAGCCGUCGGCACGUUGCCAGCCCUAUCGGGAAGCUUGGAGUACUUCCUCGACACGACGAGAAGGACGGUAUCCACCAUCACGAGCUGCAUCGUUAUUCGAGAGCGCAGACAGCACCAAAGGAGUUGCUGCAACGCGUCCUGACUCCCGACGAAUACAAAUAA